AUGCUGGAGGAAAGAUGUUCGCUGCAAAAUCUGGUCAGCAUUGCAGAUGCUGUGGUCAUGUAUGAGAGAGUGCAGGAAGGAUUCUUACCAAGGAAGUGGAGAAUCAAGAAGGCUGUUGUAUCCUCUGUAACGCAGCGUGACGUGACUGCAGAAGAGGAGAGGAUGGCUUUUACUCAUGUGUUCACCUUCGGCCCGACGUUCCGAGCGGAAAACUCGCAGAGUCGCCGGCACCUGGCGGAGUUCUAUAUGGUGGAGGCUGAGCUGUCCUUCACUGAAAGCCUCCAAGAUGUCAUGCAGGUUAUGGAAGAAUUUUUGAAGACAGCGACAAGCACUGUGCUCUCCCAAUGUCCUCAUGAUGUUGAGCUUUUUCAUAAAUACAUAGCUCCUGCCCAGAAGGACAGGUUGGAACAAAUGCUGAAGAACAAAUUUGUCACAAUUUCCUACAGUGAGGCAGUGGAAAUUUUGAAGCAGGCUUCUCAAACUUUCACUUUCAAGCCAGAGUGGGGCUGCGACCUCCAAACAGAACACGAAAAGUACCUGGUGAAGCACUGCGGUGAUGUUCCCCUGUUUGUGAUCAACUACCCAUAUGACCUCAAGCCUUUCUACAUGCGGGACAACGAAGAUGGACCUCAACACACAGUUGCAGCUGUUGAUCUCCUGGUACCAGGAAUUGGGGAAUUGUGUGGAGGCAGCUUGAGAGAGGAGCGACUGCCCUUCCUUGAAUCACGCUUACAGAGAUUAGGACUCACGGAUUCCUACCAAUGGUAUCUAGACCUCCGAAAAUUCGGCUCAACUCCUCACGGAGGCUUCGGGAUGGGGUUUGAACGCUACCUGCAGUACAUCUUGGGAGUUGACAAUAUCAAAGACGUUAUUCCUUUCCCCAGGUUUUCUCACUCCUGUCUCCUGUAGCUCAGCAGUUGACUCAACGUGGAGAAAACGGCUGCUGUGAUGAUAUGUAUAUAGCACAUUAGGAUAUGACUAAUUGUGUUUGAGGAGGAAAUCAAGCUAAUUUUUAUAUCAGUGAAACUCUCGGUAAUUUUAAUACUGGAAAUUGAACAGAAUACUGAAAAUAAUCUAUGUUCUGGUGAGAUUCUGGAAGCACGCUCGCAGUUAAUUUGAUGGCAGUUCAUGUCUUCAGUGCUCUUCAGGAGGGUUAAUAAAUCCCACUUAUCUUAAGGGUUAAGAUUCUCAUGAGACUAGUACAAGAAUAAGUGUUGUUGGGACAUAGUGGGGGUUUUAUGUGAAAUAUUAAUAAGGAGGUGUGACCUAAAACGGACUGGGAGCCAGGACUGCUGUGAGGUUUUAAUAGGCUUUAAUUAAAUGCCGCGGCACAGUGCUUUGAAGACUUGAGUGUUAUAAAAUUGUGAAGUAUUGUUACAGCUGCCACAUGCACUUGCUCUUACGAAAUGGCUACUGUAAAGCAUGUUUCUCCCCACUCCCCGAGCGAAAAGCAAAUAUUGUUUACCUUGGAAAAACCGGCCAAACCUGGCAAGGAAAAAUGUCAGAUUGGAGCUGCUGGAGCGCAUCAGGUGCGUGCUGUUGAUUUUGUGAAUCAUCAAUAAAGAUGUACGCUGGGUUGUUUUGUAA